AUGUGUGUCUGCGCUGCAGCUCCGCUGCGGCUAACUGGGAACCUGGCCAGACGCUCGUGCAAUGCGUCGAUCCCCCCCAUGAGUUGGCUCUAUCAUCUCUCGCACUUCCUCUUGCUAUGCCAACUAAGUGACUUAGAUGCGUCUUCUAAAUGUCAGCCCUGCGCCCAGAUGAAUAAGCCCUGCGUCACAUUGACCGGCAACGCCCGUGCUGCCGCCGAUAACCUCCGCAGCGCUUUGGACAGGAACCCUAACGCGCGUCCCAGCGCCGUUAUCCAGGCUCAGCAGGCGAUGAAGACAGCGCUCCAGGCCUUCAGAAACGAGCGCAACCUCCGCGAGGCUCGUGCCGUCGAGCAGCGCCGACGAGGCGGAAGACGACGCUUUCGCGGACACGGACACGGACACGCAGGCGACUAUCAGCCAGAGCCUCGCCGACUGCGCGGCCUAUCUCGGCGAUAUUCGCGACAGUGGCCGAGACCUCGACGCUCAGGAGUCGGAUGGUUGACGAUGAUGAUUUUCCUUGGCCGCGAACCUGGUCCUAAGCUAGCUAGCUUAGCUCACCCGGUACAUGAUAUCGUCUACCACGCAAGACCACCGUCCACUAGAUAUUACCACCACCACCUCCGCGUAGCCACCAUCGAGCUCGGGAAGCAAGAGGAAGACGACCAGUCUACGGGGAGCGAAACACCAAGGUCAACGGCGGCACUGGAUUCCUUGCCCCAGCCUGUCACGCAGCCGCGGGAACCACCCGGCCGUCUACGUCGUCUUCGUCUAGCGGCGGCGGCGGCGGCGACGACGACGUUAAACGACCUACUGCCACCACUACUACUACUUCUACUACUACUACUACUACUACUACUAGAAUUCAUAAUACCACAACUACUACAACUACGAUUCAUAGUACCGCAGCUGCCACUACUACGAUUCAUACUGCUGGUGCUGCAGUGUUGGCAGGUCUUCGUGCUGCUGCGGCGGCAGCGGGCGCUGGGCGCGGGGCCCACUUGCCGGCUGUCGCUGCCCCAGCUCGUCGUCUGCCUGUUCGUGGUCUGGUUCUGCGUCGACGCGAGCGCUCCCGCCGCCGGCUGGAGGUGGUGGGAGCCGCUCGCGGUGAGCACCGUGCUGUUGAAGAUUGUGCUUCCUCGGUGA